CACUUCCAUGAUAUAGAACUAAUUAAACUGAAUAGUUUUGAAACUUAUGACAGUGAAGCGGCGCACGCGCCGACUCAGCAUAAAUGCCGCGGUUGUCCACGACGACGCUGGUAUUCUGCCAGGACCCUGUUAAAAGAGACGCUACUCUUCAUCUCAGACAAAGUUCUGGCGUUAUCGUUUAAUUUAAAAAAGAUUAUUUAUUUAUUAAGUCCUUUUACAGUCGUUUCAUUUGACAGACUUAUCUUGUGUCCUUUUCAUCGAAAUUAUUGUUUAAAUUACGACUAUUUGUAUGACGUCAAUGUAUUUGUAAAAAUUUGUUAAAUAAAAAAAUGCAACUGGUUUUUAUUAACGUAAAAUGCCUUACAAAGCUGACACGAACUUCGAUCGAUUUUUACAAUAACUAUAUUUAAAAAGGUUUUGAUAAAUACAUUAGUUGACAAAAUGUAUUUGGUACUAGUGUUUAUUUUAUUAGUGAAACAAAGUUUUGCUGUGAUCUAUAGUCUAAACGAAACGGAAUACGAGCGCAUGCCUCCACUAUACGCCCUCGACGAGUACAACUCCUGCCUUCGAAAUCCAGGAGGAGUAUACUGUCUGGUUGACGUCCAUUUAUCCGGAGACAACCGUCUCAUGCACACGAUAAACGAAUACUCAGCGUACUCAAUGAAACAUUUCAAUCACACUCAAGUACACCGAGGUAUCUGUCUAACUACAACAUGUAAGGAACAUGUACAAAAUCAUAGCUUACAAACAAACGAAGACCUACGACCGCUCCUUGAGGAAUGCCUUAACGAAUCUCUGUGGAAACGUUACGAAUUGCAUGGGCAGCUGGAAAAUAUACUUUAUUGCAAUAGAGAAGGAGAUAUAAUAAGAUACGACUUAAGUGAUAUCAUCGUGGCUGUGGUUUAUUUGACAAUAAUCGUGCUUAACAUUACCGGAAGCUUAUACGAUGUCUUUUAUUAUAGGAAGGAUGACAAGUCGGGAAAUCCCUAUUUGUUAUCGUUUUCCAUUCGCCGCAAUUGGGCGAAGUUGACCGCACCCGCGGGCGAUGGGCCAGAUCCGAGAUUUAAAAGACUGAAACUAUUCAAUGGACUGAGAACAAUGACAAUGACGUGCGUGUUCUUCUCCCAUACAACGCUCAUUUCAGCGUACACGUAUGUGGAUAACCCGAUUUACAUUGAAAAAUCAUACGAGGAUCCGCUGAAGCAGCUCCUUUUCAACGGCAGCCUGGUGACGCACACGUUCUUCGUAUUGUCGGCCUUCCUGCUCGCGUACAAUUUCCAGGUGCACGAGGAGAAGCAUGUCAUCAGUUGGUGGCACUGGCCGAAGGGAAUGCUACUGAGAUGGCUUAGACUAACUCCAACAUAUGCCCUGGUUUUGGCCACGAUAUGCACAUGGAUGCGCUACGCUGGCUCCGGCCCUCUGUGGGAGCAAGUCGUAGGGACCGAAGCUACUGCUUGCCGAGAAUACUGGUGGGCGCACGUCCUCUAUAUCAACAAUUACGUUUACGAUGAUGCUUUAUGUGCGCCUCAAACGUGGUACCUGGCAGCAGACACUCAACUGUUUUCUAUAGGCCUGCUCGUAUGCGUGUUGGCACGAAGCAUGCGUGCGCGCAAGAUCGCGCUGCUGUUCUUGUUUACAGCGGCUCUGGUCGCACCCGCUGCGCAUACGUACUUCCAGGAAUUAGAGGCUGUUGUUAUACAGUCGCCUGAAGAUUACCGUUCCCUGUAUGCGGACGACCGUACUUUCCGCCUACUAUAUGUGCGUGGUCACACCAACCUGUCCACGUAUACGCUGGGUCUCACCGGAGGAUUUCUCGCUUAUUACUGGCAAAAGAAUGGGAAGAACUUUGACGAGUUCAAGAAAUACCGCUGGAUGUUCUGGCUGUUGUUCCCCCUGGGCGUGGCUGUGAUCCUCUCGGGAGGACUGUUUUACUCUGACGGAGAGCCUGCCUCCACUGCCCUCCGGGUCCUCUAUGCGACCUUCUACAAGCCUGUUUUUCAAACUAUCAUUGUCAUAUUCAUUCUUGGCUGCAUCUUUAAGAUUGAAUCUGUGUACAGAGGCAUAGUCGAAUGGCGAGGCUUCACUUGGACAGGGCGGGUGAGCUACGACGCGUUCUUGAUCCACACAGUGUUCCAGCGCGGUCUCAUCGGAGCGCAGACCCAGCCAGUACACAUGACCGAUUACAACGUCGUGGUGAUUCUCUCGGCCACAAUCUUCCUGUCGUUCAUGAGCGCAGCCAUGCUGUUUGUGUGCGUGGAGGCACCCGCCGCCAGCCUCACCAAGGCGGUGCUGGCGCCAAGUGCCAGCGGGAAAGACUCUAGGGAGACUAGCAAGGUUUAGGGAGAAGGCAGGUGGUUGAAGAAUACUUAGUAAAGCUUUUCUAAUUUAUUGUUUUAUUUAAUAAUGAGUCAGUAAACACU